AACUAUGGAGAUUGACAACCUUUCUUCAUCUUCUUCCUUCUGGUUAUUUCUCUGGUUCUCUGUUCUCUUCCUUGCGCCCAAUGCAGAAGUUCACCAACAUGACUUUGUGAUAAAAGCUGUGCCAGUGAAGAGGUUGUGCCACACACGCUCAACUAUCACUGUAAAUGGGCAGUUCCCCGGACCAACUCUCCUGGUCAGAAAUGGAGACAGUCUAGUUAUCAGAGUUGUUAACCAAGCCAAGUAUAAUAUUACGCUUCAUUGGCAUGGAAUCAGGCAGCUGAGAAAUGGGUGGGCAGAUGGGCCGGCUUAUGUGACGCAGUGCCCAAUUCAGGCUGGAGGGAGUUAUACAUACAGGUUCAGCGUAGAGGAUCAGGAGGGGACCUUAUGGUGGCACGCUCACAACUCUUGGCUUAGGGCUACCGUCCAUGGGGCCCUAAUAAUUCUUCCAAAGCUGCAUUGCUCUUAUCCUUUCGCCCCUCCCAAGUGUGAAUUCCCACUCAUUCUUGGCGAGUGGUGGAAUGCAAACCCCCUGGACAUAAUCCGGCGAGCCCUGAAGACCGGCGCCGCCCCUCAGCCCUCCGACUCCCUCACCAUCAACGGCCAACCUGGAGACCUCUACAAAUGCUCCACAAAAGAAACCACCGUAAUCCCGGUGGCGGCCGGCGAGACCAUUCUCCUCCGCUUUAUCAACGCCGCCAUGCUCACGGAGCUCUUCGUCUCCGUAGCCGACCACAAUAUGACCGUCGUAGCAGCCGACUCCUCCUACACCAAACCCUUCACAACCUCCGUCGUUCUAAUCGCGCCGGGCCAGACCACCGACGUGCUCAUCCAUGCCAACCGGCCCGCCGGCCGCUACUACAUUGCCGCCCGAGCAUACCAAAGCGGCUCCCUCAACACCCCUUUCGACAACACAACCACCACCGCCAUCCUCAUCUACGAAAACCAAACCCCCGGUCACUCGCCGCCCAAGCUCCCUGUUUUACCGCCCUACAACGACACCGCCGCUGUCGCCGCUUUCUCGGCCGGUAUUAAGGGCCUCUACGCCGUUAAAAUCCCGGCACCAGUGGACGAGCACCUCUUCUUCACCGUCGGGCUGGGUCUGAUCAGCUGCCAGCAGGGGAAAACUUGCAGCGGUCCAAACGGUACUCUGUUCACCACCAGCAUGAACAAUUACUCAUUUGUUCUGCCUAAAGGUCUCUCUUUGCUCCAAGCCGCACAAUCAGGGGUUCGCGGCGUGUUCACGACUGACUUCCCGGCUUCCCCGCCGGUCAAAUUUGACUACACCGGAGAUAACAUAAGCACCAGCCUCUACCAACCGGUGAGGGCUACGAAGCUUUACCCGCUGAAAUACGGUUCUGUUGUGCAGCUGGUGAUGCAGGGGACUAAUAUAUACAUGUCGGAGGAACACCCCAUGCAUAUCCAUGGCUACGAGUUCUUAGUGCUGGCGACGGGGAGGGGAAACUUCGACGCGAAGAGGGAUGCGGCGAAGUUCAAUCUUGUAGACCCGCCUCGCCGGAAUACGGUGGGGGUGCCGGUGAAGGGGUGGGGGGUGAUAAGGUUCGUGGCUGAUAACCCUGGGGUUUGGUUUGUUCAUUGUCAUAUUGACUCUCAUCUUUCAUGGGGGUUAGCCAUGGCGUUUCUGGUGGAGAAUGGAGCGGGGGAGUUGCAGUCCACCGCGCCUCCGCCGCUUGAUCUUCCCAAGUGUUAGGAAAUGAAAAUGAGAUCGAUUUGUCUGGUGCAGUGGGUGCUUAACACCUUAGCAGGUUUCUUUUGUUCUAGGUCAUGAGUCGUUGUUUCCGCUUGAUUGAAGCCAUGGGGAAGAAGAAGAAGAAGCUCUGUUUAUCAGUUUUUUUAUAAUAUAAUCGUAUAAUUAUUGUUAAUUACUAGCUUUAAAUCAUGAUGGUGGCAUUGUUGAUGCAAUAUUAAG